GUAGGCCAAGAGUUGUUAAAUCACGUGAUGUUUCAAAAUGGCAGAUGGUUGUGGAAAAGCGAAAAUUGGACCUUCAAUUUUAAAUUCUGAUUUGUCUAACUUAGCUUCAGAAUGUCAGCGAAUGGUAGACAGCGGUGCAGAUUAUUUACACCUUGAUGUGAUGGAUGGGCAGUUUGUACCUAACUUGACAUUUGGCCAUCCAGUUGUUAAAUGCUUGAGACCAAAACUUCAAAAUGUGUUUUUUGACAUGCACAUGAUGGUUGCUGCGCCUGAGCAAUGGAUAGAGGGAAUGCAAGCAGCAGGAGCAGAUCAGUAUACAUUUCAUCAGGAGGCAACAGACGACCCAAAAACAUGUAUCCGUAAAAUUAAAGAGGCUGGAAUGAAGGCAGGUAUAGGAAUCAAGCCAAACACACCUGUGAAUGUUUUAGACCCAUUUGUUGACCUGGUUGACAUGGUGCUCAUUAUGACAGUGGAGCCUGGAUUUGGUGGACAAAAGUUCAUGGGAGAUAUGAUGCCAAAAAUUCAGUACCUCAGGGAGCAUUUUGGUACUAUAGAUAUAGAAGUGGAUGGUGGUGUAGGGCCAUCAACUAUACAACAGUGUGCUGAUGCUGGAGCUAACAUGAUAGUGUCAGGUAGUGCUGUUAUAGGGAGUGAUAAUCCAAGGGAGACAAUGAACUACAUGAGAAAUGUUGUUGAGGAAGCCAUCCAGAAAUCACAGCUAGAAAGAUGACACACCAUACAUACUACUAUGCAUAUCUAACAGCUGAAUUUCAACAUGUGACUCUCAUAAGUGUUCAUUUGUAUUUCUGCCAGAAUCUUUUAAGCACUUUAAAUUAAGCUGAAAUAUUUCUGUGACAGUACCCAAGAAAAUCUCAUUCUUUUGCGGUAUAUUUAUGCUACAUAUUUGACAAGACCCCUCUGCUGAUUUGUCGAGGUUGGAAAGAUAAAACCAUUCAUGUAAUUGUUUUAGGUGAAACUUGUACAUUGUAAAUAAGACUGCAUUAUAUUAAAAAUACUCAGAACCCUUA